AUGUGUCAACAAGAAACUCUCUAUUACGCAGAAAAGACAACAGUUAUUUGUAUUUGUGGAUCCACAUCGUCGGGAAAAUCAACAUUGGCCAAAGCUCUAAAUAAACAUUAUCAAGUGGUGUCAGUUUGUCAAGACCUUUAUCGGAGCAAAAUGAAUGAUGAACAUAAAAUGGAUCCAGAACUGAAAGGCAAUAUGGAAUGCAUGGAAUCUGUGGAUUUCAACAAAUUUGAAACCGAAAUCAACAACAUGCUCUCCAAAUACAGAAAUAAUCGUCUUCUCUUUGCAGAAGGCUAUUUAUCGUGUUGUCAACAAGAGGUGGUCACACGAUGUUUUGAUGCCAUCAUUUUCUUGGACACCACCGAUCGAGAAGUUGCUAAAAAACGUCGAUGGAAUCGAACCGUUACAAAACAUCCCAAUCGAGGAGAUGACUUUAAUGAAUUUUCACAAAAAUUCGACUCGUUGAUUUGGAAAUAUUAUAUGAAGUACAGAAAUUUACAAAUGGAUAAUAUUGUGAAGAGUGGAAAGGAAUUUGUCGUGAUUGGUGUCGAUGAUUUGACCUCUAAGGAAGUAUUCCAUCGUGCAGUGGAAUUUAUUGACCUAUUCAAAAAGAAUGAUUUGGAAAGUAUUCGAAAUAGUGAAAAAUAUUGUAGGCCUCCAUCGUGGUAUCUAGACGACAAUGCAUUAAUGAAUGAUUCUCGCUAA